AUGGCCAAACAGAACUUCAUAGGGCUUGUGGUAUCACAAGGUAAGAUGGCCAAGACCGUCAAGGUCAGAGUGCAGAGAAAAGUGUACGAUACCAGAAUCCACAAAGAAGUUAUCAAGAGAAAAGAUUACUUGGUUCACGAUGAAGGAAAUCUCUGUAAAGAAGGGGAUGUCGUCAGAAUUGAGUCGAUUCCCAAGAUUUCUGCUCGUAAGGCUUUUGCCGUUGCCGAGAUCAAAGUCAACAAGGGUCAGCAGUUUGCAUUGUACGAAACGUUAGCAAAAGAAAAAGUGAUUGAAGAAGAAAAACAGAAGCUUGAAAUCUUCAUCAAGGAAAAGCAACAGUUUGAAAGUGUUGUUACGCAGAUAGAAGACUUGAGAAGAUUGGACCAGAUCGUAAGCACGUAUCAGACACAGCCCAACGCCGACAGAAGCCAGCUUUUGUCCGAGAUUGACCGUAUAAAGCAGAAAUGGGGUAUUCAAUCAUGGCCAUCAGAAGAGCCUAUCUUGUCGUUGGACAUCAACGAAAAGGAGAAGAGCAUACGAGAAGUCAAUUUGGACCUUAUUAUCUCCAAGAUCAUGUCAGAUGAAUACACAGAUGACAGAAACAAGAUCUUGGCAGCCUCCACCAGCACACCAGUAGGAGAACUCAAGAAGCACACCAUCAAGAAUAUCGUGAGGAAAUACGUGUUGAACUCUAAGAACGAACUUCCCUUUGAGGUUUAG